GCACAGCACAGUCUGCAGCAGCAUAGGAUGUAAUCAAUCCCACAUGUUUCAUCUCUGCGACUCGGGGAUUUUCACUUUGAAUAUUUUUAUACUUUUUCUUUCGUUAUACCCUACUCGCCACGCAAGGGAUAUAACUUACCAGACAUGACGGGGACUCAGUUUCUACCCUGCAAAGCCAAAACUCCGCUCAAUGCGAAGGGAUCCCGAAGUUCAUAAAAGGGAUUAUUUGCAUCUGGGUGCCUGAGACCUUCGGUGCCUCCGGAUUUUACUUUGGAUUUGGGAUUUAUCGGUUCUCGCCGGGAUGGAAAGCCGAGAUUUCGCUCCCCCGCACCACCUCCUGACGGAGCGGAGCGCGCUGGUUCACAGCGCCGCGUCUCGGAUGGCGCAAGGCGGCCACGGCUCCGUGCAGCACCCCGCUCACUUCCAGCCAGGGAAAUACUACUCAUCCCACCUCUCCAUGGGUCCGCACUCAGGUGCUUCCUUCAUGGGUUCCUUCCUGGCCAGCAGCGUGGGGUCCCCGACCUCCCACCCCCCUCAUCCCUCGGGACCCGCUGCCUCCCCGUCCUCCCCCUCGUACAGGACUGGACCCCAUUCAAGCGCCUCCCCUAUCUGGUUCCCCCAUUCACAUGAAGGGUACCCCAGCUAUUCAGGAAGUCUUGCUUCUCCUUUUCUCCCCAUGAGUCCCCUCGAUCACCAUAGCAACGGUCUCUAUGGACAGCACCGCUUCUAUGAAACUCAAAAAGAUCACUUCUACCUGAGGGGCCUUCCUCCCCAGCCUCCUCUGCUCUCCACCAAUCACAGCCUUCCCCCACUGGCCAGGACUGCCCCCGGCCACCCGCUUGGCUCUUGCAGCCGAGAGACGGACAACGGGGGAGGUGGUGGGGGAGGCGGGAAGAGCACCAAGGACAUGAGCGAGAAAGGGGUUUCAUCAGUGUCAAAGGAGAAGGAGCGAUCGAGCAGCAAGGAGCGACACCAGGAGAGCAAAGAAAAGCUUCAUCAUCACCAUUCACAUCAUACGAACUCUGCCACCACUCCAUCUAGCUACCAUCACCAAGCUUACUCCCACCCUCACCAUGCUCUCCUUCCUCACCUCACACACACGGGCAGGGAGGAGGACCACAGACACCCUCUGGAGCGACACAAGGAGUACAGAGACAGUGACUCAGGCAGUCAGGGGACAAAACAGAUGAGUGCCUGUAAACUUUCCAGUGGUUCAGGGGCAGAGAGCAGUUCUGGAGGAAAGGGGGGAGUACUGAGCAGCUGCAGUGGUGGUGGGGUGGUUAGACCUCCAUCUGGUGGCGGUAGGCGCUGCUCUAAGGACGGACCCAUAAACGGGGAGAUGAAGAUCAGCGAAUCCUCAACCUCCUCCUCUGAAUGUAUGAGAAGAGGUGCGGCUGCAGCCACAGCCAUCUUGGCACCUCCAACUCCACACUCUGUGGCCUCCUAUUCCAUGCCUCCUCCUCCUCCACCUCCGCCACCUCCUCCUCAUGCCUUACACAUGGGCUCCACAGUGACGGGAGGGUGGCUGCACCACCCACAUCACCAUCCCCAUCCUGAGUUUUACUGCCCCCCAGCCCCUCUUACCCUGACACACUCAAAAGAUCCAGCAUCAACAUCUGGAGGAUCUGGCAGAGAGGCAAAAGUCAUCGGCCCAACUUAUGUCCCCUCAGUCGGGCCACUGGGAGAUUUGGCAGCUCCUGACUGUCGUGCUGCAGGAGGAGGCGGGAGAAAAGGAGAUGACAAGAGUGGAGAUGGAUCUUUUGAAAGUCCCUCUCAUCACCUUAGUCGGCUUAGUAGUUGCCAGAAGAAGGACAAAUCUCAGCCCCACCAGCAGCAGCUGGGCUGCGGCAAAGCUGACAAACCUUCUGACUGGAACCACCAGACACAGCACUUCCACAAAUCCAGUUCCAACCCGAGCUCUCAGCCUGAGCUGCGGUCCUGCAGCCUGGAAACAUCUUCAUCCUUCCGCGAUGUGGAGAUUGUGGACGAUGUUUACCGGCCGUCACUCCCACCAGAUGCCCAGGGGACACACCUUGGGUCUGGACAGGGAUUAUCCAAGAAUGGCCCUGGUGCCAGCACACCUCCCUUCAGGGACUGUUCUCAAUCAGGUCCUCAUCCUGAGAGGGUGGGCUCGGGGUCAGCAGUUCAGAGGGAGGGACAAAAGGUUGCUAGGAUACGACACCAGCAGCACAGCAGCCAUGGAGCGAGUACAGAAGAGAGGGGAAGAGAGGGAAGUCAGGCAGCAACACCUUGGGGGGCUCGAGGGGGCCACCAAGAGGACCAGAGAAAAGGCUCCCACCAUGCAUCAGUCGGCAACGGUGAAGUAAGAGGGCUCAGCAACAGAGCUCCAAACACUGACCACAACCAACCCCAUUCUCAACAGCCUCCACCCCUAUCCCGUUCCUCAUCGCACACCACUGAGGGUGAAGGCAGCGCCAUGAAGAACUUAAUGAACUACAGCUCUCAGCAGCCUCUGCUGCUCCCCCAUCGGAGCCCCUUUGGUGGUCUGGGCUGCCUCAAGCAGGGUGGAGAGAGAUCAGAGAAGGGGGACAGAGGUGGAGGCAAAAGCAACACCUCCCUGCAAGACCCUCCCAAACAGUCGCUCCCUCCUCGCCGAGGCUCCACUAAUGAGGGAGAGAGGGGGGACAGAGGUGGGAAGGAGGCCGGGGAGGCAGGAGAGGGGGAGGUGCGGCAGCCUCCGGUGGGUAUUGCAGUUGCAGUAGCCAGGCCCCCCCAUCGUUCCCCAGACAACACCCCUGGACACAGCAGACAGGGCAGGGUGCUGCCCAGCAUGAAAGGGGUGUCGCGCCCCAUGUAUCCUCUUGGUCGGGAGGCAGAGGACAGGAAGAGGAUGACAGAGGAACAGAUCAGCCUUCAUCACCUGGACAGAGACAGAGAAAUGAUGAUCAGGGAAAACAAGGAUCGCGUGGAGUUUGCCAGGAUUCACCCUUCUAGUAGUUGCCACGGUGACCUGACCUCUCACAUCUUGGUCUCCGGAGGAGCAAGUCAGUUAGGGGCAGACCCUGCUGCACAUGCUCACCCAGCUCACCACCACUGGAUGCAGAGGACAGGAAGUCCCUCCCUCUGGAUGGGGCAUUCAUACAGUCUGAGUCAUGUGGGGAUGAGCGCCGGCUUCCCACCUGGUCUUCCCAGCCCCUUGCAGCCUGUGCUUGGUUCACUCACUCAAGACCCCAACUCCCCGCUGGUGGUUCUUCCUACAGAACCCGGGCCACAUCAUCACCUUGAUGUUCUGGAGCAGUCAGGUCUUUGGCCUCCUGUGUACGGAAGCCGUGGCCCUCCUCCUCACCUGCAGCAUCACCCGGUCUACUCUCGAUCCUCAUUCCUACAGCAACAGGAGCUCUACGCACUGCAGCAUCGGCACCAGCAGCAGCAGCAACGAGCAAUGGAGCACAUGCAGCGCCACUCCUUAGGACAGAGAAAACAUGAGGAGCACGCUAUCACAGUAGAAGACUCUCCUCAUGAAUCUUUGGCAUCUCGAACUCCUUCCUCAUCUUCCUCCUCUUCUUCGUCCACCACCUCCUCUCAUGCGGCCAAACCCUUUUCUCACACCCCUCCUCCACUCAAGACAUCGACCCCGUCUCCGGGGUUGUGUCCCAGCAGUCGUCAGUCACCCUGCUACCACUCCCCGUCCCGGCGACCGCAUCCGCCCAACCCUCUGACCCCAGCGCCGAGCCCUGCUGCGGCGGCGCCACGCUCCCCGGCGCUCAGCCCUGCUCCGUCACACCUCUCCAAAGGACUGGACAGGGGUAGCGACAGGGGAGAGGGACAGCCACCACAGGACUACCCACAAUCUCUAGAGCCAGACUUGCCACCUGUUUACACCUACCCUCCAAUCACCAUGGGUUACAAGGCCGGGCCCUCUCCUCCUGAAGCCCGAUCGGCUGAACAAGCCAUGGUGGAGGCGGAGCCGGCAGAGCCUGGUGUCAAGUCCCUCCCACAUCCGUGCCAUAUCCAGCCUCUCACGAAAGAAGAGGUGAGGAGGGAAGAAGAAGAAGAAGAAGACUGUGAAGUGGUGGAAUCCCAGAGUGGAGUUGCAGAGGAAAAGAAGGAGGAAAGGAGGGCGGAAGCAAAAGGAUGCUCUGUCUCCGUGCUCGAGAGCAAAAUUUCUGGAUUGCCGCCAUGCCCUUCCCCAGCUUCAGUCCCCAGUCCAGCCUGCCCGGCCACAGGCACAGGCAAAGCCCUAAAAGUAGAGCUCUCUCUGGGUUGCCCGGGCCAGAAGGCUAGCCUGGAGGAGCCUGAGCCCUCCAAAGAACAGGAGGAUGAUAGAGAAUGUAGAAAAGAGGACAUGGAGGAGGAUGAAGCAGAGAAAGUGGAGUGUUCACAAACAGAAUGUACUAUCUCUGUGUCUGGAGAGUCUCCAGAGGAGGAGAAGGAGGAGGAGGAUGGGGAGGAUGUAGAGGUGGUUGAGGAUGAGGAGGAACAGGAGGAUAGCGGGAGGAGUCCAGAUGAGGACUUGGUGGAAGUAACAUGUGCUUCUCCUGCUCCCCUUCCAUCCUCUGACCCCGUCCUCCCUGUCCCGGCAAGCACAGCAGCCCAGCUCCAAGGGGCCUACAUGUGGAGUCUGGAGCUCCUAAUCGCUGCAGCUCUGUGUGCCACCAGAGAUGCCUUGUACCCGCCUGUACCUGCUAUCCGGGCCCCAAGUCCUCCACCUCACCACGGCAUGGAGAUACUGGGAGAACUGGCUGAGCUGGAGAUCCAGCAGAGGAGCAGGGAGAGCAAAGAGAAGGAUCCUGAAGGUGAGGACAUGCUGACCUUUGACCUCCACAGUCUGGCGACGCUGGCGGCCGCCCGUGCCCUGGAGAUGGGGGGAGGGGCUGUGGACGCAAGGGCGGGCCAGCAAUGUCCAAUCAGGAAGAGGUUGAACCUGCGCAGGAAGUGCAGUUGGACGCCUCGCCACGAGCCGGUGUGCCCAGUGAAGGGCUCCAUGGAGACGAUGGGAGGGGAGGAGCUGGCCAUGCGUGUCCAGCUGGCUGAGCUACAACGCCGCUACAAAGAGAAACAGAGAGAACUGGCCAAGCUACAGAGGAAACACGACCACCAGAAAGAGGAGACGUCUCGCAGCCCUGCCCGCCGGGGGCCCGGCCGCCCCCGCAAGCGCAAGUCCACCCCCGGCCCAGCUGCUGCAGAGAGCUCCAAAAGACUCAGGGCUGGGCUGAAUUUACUGGAGGAAAAAGCCAGGAAGAAAAUGUCCAAUCACGGAUUCAACAGCCUCAGUGCCGCACAGAUGAAAGCUCGCUGUAAGCACAGAGGUCGGCCCAGCACCCUGAGCUCCAGGCUGGCCAGAAGGGUGACCCAGCUGAAGCAGAAGGCUGCAGCCCAGCGUGGUGCACCGUCAGCGGGAAUGCUGCACUGCAGAGGGGCCCCUGGAGCACAAGAGGUCACGAAGAGUCACUGCAGACAAGGAGUAAAAGACCCACAGCAAGACUGGGCAGCCGGUCAGACUGUGAAGAGGAAGAGGGGUCGCAAACCAAAGGUGCUGAUGGGUGUCGACCCAAACAGAGCUCACCACAAAGACAGCCGGACCUCGGAGAAACGGGAAGUCAGGGAUGAGAAGAGUUACAGCGAGAGUUCAGAGCACGAGGAGGAGGAGGACGGCAGUUUUGAGAGUGAAGAUGGAGGCAGUGACGUCAAGAUUAGCUCAUCUUCUAAAGAAGCUCCUCCAAACCAUGCUGGGAUCAUGUCUUUUUCAUCACAGUCCUCCAAGCUCCAAGUCAACCAAAAAGCCAGGAGUAAGAGACCAAGCCCGCCUGGCAUGGGGAGCAUGCCCAGUACAGAUCAGAGGAAAAUGCCCAGGAGGCCAAGCCUUGCCAACACAGAGAGGGGACGUCAAGACCACCAGGGCACUAAAAGAGCGUCUCUGCCCAGCUGGGGUGCGUCGUCUGUGGGCUGCAGCUUUGGGAAUGGCCGAGGGAACCAUGGAGCUCUGACAGAAGUGAACAGGACCAGCAAGGAAGCCAUGAGGAAGAACUCAGCAGGACAGGGAAUUCUUGGAAAGGCCAAAGGCCACGCAGUGAGCCGACUCCUGCAGAGCUUCGCGGCCGACGAGGGCUUUCGCUUGGAUGAGGAGAGCAGCUUCUCUGAGGGAGAGGAGGAGGAGGAGGAGGAGGAAGAGGAGGAGGAGGAGGAGGAGACAGAGAAGAAGAUGAUCCACCUUCCUCCCAACAUGCCUUGCAGAAUACCCGCUCUGCCAAACUGUGUGCUCAGUAAAGAGAUGUUAGUGGACGGGCUGAAGAUCCUGAUCUCUAAGGAGGAUGAGCUGUUGUACGCUGCCUGUGUUCAAACUCUGGAUCUGCCUGACAUAUUCAGUGUUGUCAUUGAAGGGGAACGAGGGAAUCGCCCAAGGAUCUACUCACUGGAGCAACUUUUGCAGGAAGCUGUGCUAGACGUGCGGCCUCAGACUGAAGCCAUCCUGACCGCAGGGACGCGAGUUUGUGCCUACUGGAGCGAGCGGUCUCGUUGUCUUUACCCUGGAUACGUUCACCGAGGAGGUCCGGGUGAGGAGGAGAAGGAGGGCAGUGUUAUGGUGGAGUUUGAUGAUGGGGACAGAGGAAGAAUCUCCCUUGCAAAUAUCAGACUUCUGCCUCCAGGAUACCAAAUCCGCUGUGCGGAACCCUCUCCGGCUCUUCUCAUCUCACCUGGUCGCCGUGGUCGACGAAGUUCCAUCCAGGAGAAGAAAGACAUACCCACAGAGAAACCACCUAAUGAGGAAACAGCAGGGAGACCCCAGGAGAAAAGACCAGUUGGCAGGCCGAAGAAAAUCCACUCAGUGCCUAAGACUUCCAGCACACCAACAUCAGUAUCAGACACUGUAACCAAAGGCAACACUUCGUUGAUGAGCUGGUCCGCACCUAGGAAGAGACCCCCUGUUGAUUUCUUCCUUUUUAAUGGAACAUCCCGCAAAACCCAAAGGAGGAUUCGAGAGCGAGACUUGGGGGUGUUUCAUCGCCCUGUCUCCCAUCCCCUCACACCCCCAACCCCCAUCAAAGGCAUCUUUGGCUCCCCUUUUGUAGUUGACUCUUUCAGCAGCAUCGCCAACGGCUACUCAACUUUUGGAAGUGGAGGAGGCUCAGGAGCGGGGCGACCAGUCACCACCAUAGCUUCCAUGGGGCUUAGGCACUCCUCCUCUGCUUGCUCCUCGGCUGUCACCAUGGCGAUGGCAGCCGGGAGCAAGAAGCCAGUAAGCGAACGCGACAGAAAACAGUUCCUGGUGAAGCUCGACCAUGAAGGAGUGACCUCUCCUAAAACAAAGAAUGGCAAGGCCCUGCUUCGACUUGGGGGGAGCAGUGGGAGAGGAGGCAGGACUCUCACCUCUGCGGGAGCAACACUACGAUACAUUCACCCUGCCAUGCUGGUGAAGCAUGGCAAGAAGGGAGGAGGGGAAAGAGACAGCACUAGAGCCCGGUCCGAGGCUCUUCUAAAGGAUACUCACCCUCUGAGAAAAGACCUUCUGUCAGGAGGCAUCGGAGUCCAAAGUGGAGAUUACAAUUUGGACUACCCAAGCGACUGCCCCAGCUCCUACUCUGAGCUGGAUGAGGACGAUGAAGAUGGUGUUCAAGAUGCUGGAGCACGAAGAAGAAGUGCUGCAUCGACAUCCCACCGAAAUGGACGUUUUCUCUCUCGUCUCUCCGUCUGUUUCUCCUCGUCCUCAUCGUCCUCUUCAUCCUCCGGCUCCAUCUCCUCCUCGUCCCUCUGCUCCUCAGACAACGAUUCGUCCUACUCCUCCGAUGAAGAGUCCUCAUCAGUACUGCUGCGCCGUGCACUGCUUCAGCAGGACAAACACAAGCGUCGGCAGAACAUGAACUCCGACCUCAUGAGCCCUGACUCCACCACCUCCAACCCCUCUGCCUCCUCCACGGCCCCAGCUCACAGCUAUGUGGCCAAGGCUAGCAUGGCUGUUCCAGGGUCAAAGGUGAGGGCAGAGAGAACAGAAGACAGGAAGGAGUACAUGUCAAAGGGAAGCUUGGCGACUAACAGUAGCACAGCCAAGACCCAGAUGAAGAGGAAAGAAGGAGUACAUAACAGCCACCACCAGGGCCAGAGCAGUCCUGUAAGCCAGCAGUCCAAACCUGCCUCCAAGGACCCGACAGCAGCCAAGAGGCAGAGGAUGGCGUCACCUGAGCCUCUGCACAACAUGGCUCCCCUGCUGCCUGGACGCCAGCUGUGGAAAUGGUCCGGUAACCCCACACAGAGAAGAGGUCUGAAGGGUAAAGCCCGCAAGCUUUUCUACAAGGCCAUCGUGCGGGGCAAGGAGACGGUGCGUGUCGGGGACUGUGCUGUGUUCUUGUCACCUGGUCGGCCCCAGCUGCCCUACGUGGGCAGAGUGGAGAGCCUCUGGGAGUCAUGGAGCUCCAGCAUGGUGGUCAGGGUCAAGUGGUUCUACCACCCGGAGGAGACUUGCCUGGGGAAGCGACAUCGUGAUGGCAAGAAUGCCUUGUACCAGUCGAGCCAUGAAGAUGAGAACGACGUGCAGACGAUCUCCCAUCGCUGCCAGGUGGUCAGCAGGACUGAGUAUGAUCACAUGAUUCGAGAACACAAGCCGGGUAGCACAUCUAAUGACCUUUUCUACCUGGCUGGAACCUACGAGCCCACAACAGGCCAGCUGGUCAGCGCUGACGGCAUGGCUAUUGUGUCGUAGCACCAGAUAGAGAGAAAUCCAAAUAUUGACCCAAACUCUGGAGUUGACUGCUUCCAGGAUAGUCCUUCAGAACAGACCGAGGGACAGAGGGAAACCAAGACAAGGAGUUUCAGCUCUGCGUAUUGAUCUGUCCCUUGUAAGAGAAGGGGCUAGCCCACUGGAUAAAGCCCAGCAGUACUGGCACUUAGCGGAGUCCGGUUUGUUCUGGGGAAGAGUCUGACCCAUGUCAGAUUUUUACCUCUUUAUCAGAUGUGGAUUGAGGCUCCCUGUCACAGCAAGAGUCUACAGCCGUCCCUGUAGCUGAUAUAAGAGAAUAUCUUGUCAUUUAAACAAGAUUACUGCAACAAAAGAACAGGAACCAAGGACAUUGGAGCACUUUGGAGUAUGGUAGCAUGAAAAUGCUACAGCAGACUUGGCUUUCUGAAACAAAGACUGACUCAGAGAGCGGAACAGACUGUUAUGGUAAGGAGAGACUUACUGUAAACCACACUGGUUUGGAUGGUUUUAAUGGUCUUUUACUGGUAGUGUGAUGAUGACAAGGCGAUUUGGAGAUCCCCAACAGGACCAAAAAACACUGUAGUUUGGACUUUGUGUGUGAAUGUGUGUGUGCGGAGUGGCUGAGAUGACCAUGUCUGGCAUUUAAUGAGCUCUGAGUAAAUAGUGCUUUAGCGUGCGUGUGUGUGUAUGUGUGUGUGUUUGUACUGUGUGUGUGGUCAUGCACAUAUAUGCCUGUGCUCGUCGGUUGCAAGCCAAGAUGACGUCAUGACACACCGUCAGUAUGUCUUUAACACUCUGAAUAUGAAUCUGUCCAGUACUUAGCGUUCAGUUUUUUAGUCCUUGAGACGGAAACACAAAAUGAUUUUUCUCCUGUCAAGCCAUACACGUCAAUACCUCUCUCGUAUCCUCAUAUUCAGGUGCGAAGACACAUGUACAGGUAGUUGGAUUGUUUAUUUGAACUGUGCGUGCAUGUUUGCGUGCGUGCGUAUGUGUGCAUGGGCGAGCGUGUGUGCUUUGUACAGCAUUAUGUAUAAUAUAACAUGUUGUAAAUACUAUACAUAUAUAUUUGUUCUUGUUUUUUUUUCUUUUGCAGAGAAGAUUAUUUUAUUUAGAUUUUUUUAAGGGUGUGUGUGUGGGGGAAUUGGGGAGGGGUCUGGCAAAGGGAGGAGGUUAGGUUCAAUUUCCUUCUCUCUCAAUGCACUGAACAGGAUCGGAGAUGUGGAUUUGGGGUCAAGCUGUACAACUGAUGUGAAGACUUUGCGGUUGUAAGCCCUGCUUUAGGGAUGAAUAUGUAGAAAGGGUGUCUGGGAAAUGUUGUUUUUAUAAAGAAAUCAGAAAAAGGCUCUUUUUAAACAUGUCCAAAAUCUCUUUGUUCUUUUUAUUUUGCUCUGUUAGGUUUAGAGUGUGCUUUUCCUGUUGGGAGCUUCUUUUUUUUUUUAACAAAUACUGGAAAGGAAACUAAGUUUCUGCUGUUCUCUGAUCCUGAAAGAAUCUUCUUUAUCUAUUUUAGCCUGUAUUUCUAUAAAAAUGUAGAUAUUUAUCUGGCAUCAAAAAGAAACAUACCAAAGCACCUGUGAGUUUACGCUUCACCGCAUUAGAAGAAAACAAUUUUAUGAUGAAAAAAAAUAAAAGACAGAAAGAUGUUCAAUCAAAUCUGAAUCCGGGACCCCUGCAAUCAUCGAGGUAUUUGAAGUAGAGUUCCUCUCGUUGUCUGCUCGUGUUCAUCCAGCGUUGCUAUGACAGCCUCUAAGAAACAUUGCAGCAACAUUGUCUGCACACUGCCCAGCUGAUGCACUUGAGGUCUCUAUGGCAACCAGAAUGGCAUCACGUGACUGUGAAGGACAAUCAGAGCCAAUCAAUGGGACAAUUUUGAGAGACAAAAAAAAGAAAAGAAAAAAGAUAAGGAUCAAAUCACAAUUUAUGCUUCUUGUCACUUUUAUUCCUGCUUUGCCAAAAAAUGUCUGUGCGUGUGUGUUUUAUGUUCGCUUGUUUUCCUAGUUUAUCAUUGUCUUACUGUUUAUGCAAGCCUGUGAUGACUGUGUGUUGUCAGUGUAUAGGAUGUACAGGGGGGAAGGACAUGAAUGCCUUUUUUCUUUUUAGGACGUUGACUUUUUUUGACUUUUAACAACAAUGUUGCUGUUACACUGCAAAGCAAAAGCUUUAUAAGAAAUCUAAUGUGAAACUCACUUUUGAAAUAUUACAUUUAUGGGUCUUUAAUUGAUUUUUUUUUUUUUUUUAAAGCUGUAUUUUCUUUAAGAAACACUGGAUUCAGUUCUAACCACAUUUUGACAGAAGCAGCAUCAUUGUGCGACCUGUUUUGUUUUGUAGACCCACUGGAACCUGCUUUGUAUGGUUGAGAUGGCCUACUAAAAUAUAUUAUGUAAUUUCAGUCAUUCUUUUGGAAAUAUGACUUAAAUAUUUCCUCAUGUACAAAAAGAAAAAAAUUAUUUAUCUUAAUUUUAUUGCCUUUUUUGUGUUUCAUUAAAAAAAGAUUCUUACA